GUUCAAGUUGCACAAAAAUGAAUGAAAAUGAAAGAAAAUAAUGCAUGUAGUUUUGUAAGUCCAUCUUCUCUGCUCACAGCAUGGCAUAGAAUUUUGCAACGCAAGUAGAACGAUCAAAGCAAUUAUCACAUUACCAAGAUCCUCCAUUUACAACAAAGCUUACCAAUUGGGUCAGGAUCAGGAAACAAAUCAAAAUAUGCUAUCUGAUUUUGUACUUGUAGCUUCCUCGCUCUGAAAUAUAAGCCGUGUUCCCACGCUCCUGCUAGUUCUUUUUCUUGGAUCUCAAGUUGUGCUGUCAAGAUCUCACUGGAUUAUAACUUUUUUUAUUCCGCAUCCGCCGACUUUUCUUUUGUAGAACGAAGUAGUUUUCAUAGUCCAGUUCUUCAUCUUUACCUUCUUCUCUUUGAUUCCUCUAAAAGAAGUUUUUUUUUGUAUAUUCCGUGUGGCUGUAGUUGCUUGGAUGAUCUGUUGUAGAUAGAACUAUUGAAUCAAGAUCAGACUGUCGUAUUGAAGUUUUUGACCUCUUCUUCUUUCAAACUGACCGCAACAGAUACCCGGUUUAGAUCCCACUUGCUUCUCAGUACCUCGUCCUCAUAGAUUCUAUCACUUCAUUGUGAUUCGUCACUUGUGAACGAGAACAAGGAGCUACCUAGAACUUCUAAAUAUAAAGAAAUAGAAGAUUUCAAAUUCAACAACUUCGCUAACGCUAACGAACUUCGGUAGAAUUAUCGUUAUAACUACGUCAUCGUUGAUAUUAAGUGAUUUAAUUAUACCUUUCUGCGACCUGCAACUCCAUACACUUAUAAUUUUCGAUUUCGUUCUCCCACGACUGCGACUAAGAAAAUGUCAGUGACUAGCGAGCGUGCCGUUGAAGAGAAGGAACUCACUCUGGAGAACCCAGAAGUGUGCACCAAGUACAGAACAGCAGCUGACAUCGCAAACAAGGCUUUGCAGACGGUCCUCACGGCAUGCAAGGAGGGCGCUGAUAUCUUCGAGCUCUGCAAGCUCGGUACAAUUUAAUUGAACAGAAGAGCAUCACUUUCACUACACUCUUAUGCUUAUGGUGAACGCGCUCGUCUGAGUCUGUAAAACAAUUAAGAAUAAUUCAAGAACAACUCUCAUGGUCAUGCUCGUCUGCAGAAGGGAUUUUUAAAACCCGAAUAGAAAUAGAAGUUGUCAAUAUACUUGAAUCUCUCGUUGUUCGAUGUCAUUAUGAUUAUAAUGAUCAAUUGAAAAUAAUGCAAAUAUUUUUUAUCAAAACCUACAGUGGAUGCCGAAAUCAAAAACUAUUUGUUGUAUCUACCAUCACGCACAAAGCAUUGACUUGACUUGAAACCAUUUCUACAUAGGUGACGACACUAUUCAUGAGGAAACCGGAAAAGUUUACAAUAAGAAAGUGAAGAAAGGCGAUGAAGAGAAGGACUCGAAAAAGGGUGGAGAUGCUGGCGUCAAAAUGACGAAAGGUCCCAGGAUUUUACUUGUGUUGUAAUAAAGAAAAAGAAGAAUAAAUUGAAUAAAUACAGGAGAAGCAAACAAUGACCAUCAUGCAUAUACAUAGAUAUAAUACGAGCUUCUUCGCCUUCCACACAAUGUUCAAGGUAGGAAAAUCAUAGUAAUGCAAUUACAAGUGCUUCUUCCUAUUUGCUUUUUUAUUCGCAAGUUUGAAAGAUCAUGGACUUUCUUGGAGGACUUCUAUAUCCACAUUCGCAAGUCUGACUCUUGCAACAUUCAGCAAGUUUGACACCUCAUACCUGCAACAUUAACAUUCACAUCUACGACACCCGACAGGCAUUGGUUUCCCCACGUGCGUUAGCGUAAAUGAAAUCGGUGGAAACUUCUCACCCCUCAAGGGGGAAUCCAAGCAGUUGCGAAGCGGCGAUGUCGUCAAGGUGGAUUUGGGAGUCCAUAUCGAUGGUUUUUUGGCACAGGCAGGACACACAGUCGUGGUGCCAGCUGGUAAGAGUUUGCUCAACAAGAACAACUCUUACAUAUACUUACAUAUUUAUAGUAAUACCGAAAUGCGUUUACGUAAUACGUAAGUUGUCAAAAUCAUGAACAGGAAUUUCAAACAGGACAUUUUUUACCAAAGGAGAACUUCAAAGACGAACGUGCAAAAAUUCUUUGAAGUAGGAGUUGUACUUGUAAUUUUACAGGUCGAUAAUAUCUGGUGUUUACAAAAUCAAAAGGUGAGAGCGACUCCCCGAGCGCAACACAAGAAGCGACAAAGAUCACCGACAGAAGGGCUGACGUCGUCAUGGCAGCCUGGAACGCCGCUGAGGCGGCUGCGCGAUUGAUGCAGGUCUCCUUCUACAACUAUUGACGCUAAUGUAAUUGCAGAUCACUUCGUUUGAUUCCUGUCCUUGUGAGGAUGUUGCCUCAAAGUUCCUACGUAUUAUUUUUGCUUCUGUACGAUAUAUAGUUAUUUAUUUUCAAAGCAAAGCAGAAUUAUCCUGCCCAUUCUAGGUCGGAAACAAGAACACGCAAGUUACGGAAGUUUUGCAGAAGGCCGCUGAGGAAUUCAAGUGCCAGCCGGUGUCCGGAGUAUUGUCACACAACGUGAAGCAGCACGUUAUUGACGGCAGCCGAGUUAUCAUCGGAAAGGAAACCGACGAUCAAAAGGUCGACGAAUUCACUUUCGAAGCCAACGAAGUUUACACCAUCGACGUUGCUUUCUCCACUAGCGAUGGAAAGCUUCGCGAAAGCGAAAGCAGACAUACGGUACUUCUAGAAAUUUUUCUACUUUUUCACCAAAGUUAAACAGAGAGGUGUUGUGUCAUACUAAAUCAUGAUACGAUGGCACGAAACCUUCAUCUUGUUUGAUAUUCUCGAGCAGAAAGAAGAAAAAGUCAUAUUACUCCAUCAUCUGGAAUUCUUGAUCGACUACAAUCUUUAUGACAGAUAAGAACUAUUACUAUUAGAAAGGCUUUUUUAAUCUUCAGGUUUACAAGCGGGUCCCGGAAAACAAGUAUAUCCUGAAAACGCAGAAGGCUCGCCAAUUCAUCUCCGAAGUGCAGCAACGGUACUUUUCAUCAUAAUAAUUUUCUAUUGUUGAACUUGAAACAUCCGCUAAAAUUAAAUUACUUUUAUUCUUAGGUUGUGAAGAUUGUGAUUGAUGCAGAGGAUCAUGCUUAGUCAUCUAUUAAAUUCCUCUUCUUUUUUGGUGUAAUUGUCGCAUUUUCACAAAACCAAAACAGAUUCCCAGCCCUCCCUUUUUCUCUUGCCAAUAUUGAAGAGGAGCAGUGCGCCCGUGUCGGAGUCACCGAAGCUAAGCGUCAUCAGCUGUUGCACGAAUAUCCGGUUAUGACCGAACGCACCGGGGAAUACGUCGCUCAAUUCAAAUUCACUGUGCUGUUGCUUGCUGGUACAUCUUAAUGCAGCUUAAUGUAUCAGAUUGCAACUUCUUGUCAUCUCACGUUGCUGUUCUCCAUUCUUUUAGCCACUAGUAGACGUAGUCAUCGACUACAUCCUUCAUUUCGCUAUCUCGAUGUGAGUCAUGCCUCUUGUUUUUAUUUUGCUAAGACCUCGCAUCUUUAUCUUCUAUCAUUGAUUGGUCUGGUUAGUCUUAAACUCAAUGCCCGCGCUCGGUAUGGAUUAUAUCCAAACCUAUACCUACACGCGCGAGACGACAGGGUCGCGCGCGAGCAUAAGAAUAAUGAUAAUAUAAUCAUAUUAAUCACGAUAAAAAACAAAAAUUGUAACAUCAUUACCUGCUCAAGUAGGCGAGCAUGCUAUCAUUGGGACGAGGACGUCACUCCAUUUCCAUUUCUCACUUUUUUUGCAGGAGGAACCAAGAAGGUCACGGGUCUUCCGUUCACCCAGGGCGACUUGAUCGAAUCGAGUUUCAAGAUUGAAGACGAAAAUUUGAAGAAAAUUUUGACCCAGUCAAUCGCCCCGCGUAAAAAGCGUAACAAUAAGAAGAAGGAAGGUGAAGAGAAAAAGGAUGAAGAGUAA